UUUGUUGCUGUUAUUAAACUAAAAACUAUAUUAAAAUGUCUCAAGAUCAAGGGGAAAAAUCAAAAUCAACCAUAAGUGAAGAAGCUUAUAAAGAAAUUGUAACAAAUGAAUUGGAACGCAUUGGAAUUGGUGGAAAAUUUGUAUGGUCCAUAUUUUUCCUCUGCGUAUUGCCAAAUAUUUUAAAUGGAUUUCAUGUCAACUCUUAUACUAUGAUUGGGCAUUUGCCAGACGAUCAAUGGUGUAGUAUAGAAGAUCUUAAGACAACAAAUUGGACAGUUGAUCAAAUACGCAGUAUUUCACAAAAGGAUUUGAAUACGAAAGGUUGCACAGUAUGGGAUUGGGAUUAUGGACAUUUGAGUAAGAUGACUUAUGACGAAGCCUAUAAUUAUACAUCUGGAAUGUCGGAAAUUAGUUUACCCGCCGAGGUUUCUUGCAAAGCAAAAGGUGGCUAUAAUUAUACAUCUCCCGAAAGUACAUUUGUAGCUGAUUGGGAUCUUGUGUGCGAACGUGCUGUAGAGCGUACUUCGGCCCAAGUUGUUAUAGCUCUUGGCAAGUUCUUUGGAUCCUUUUCGUUUGGUAUAUUUUCGGAUAAAUUUGGUCGUAAAUCAUCGUUUACUUUAGGUGCCACAUUUUUCGUUGUUUCCAGUUUCUUUUGUACAUUUUCUCCUUGGUAUUUCCUAUUUUUAAUUGGUCGUUUUGGUUUGGGUUCAGCUUCAUCUGGUCUAUUCUAUCCAGCAUUUGCUAUGAUUGUCGAAAACAUCUGUAUAAAACACCGUUCUUGGAUGUCUAUAGCCUUCUCAGCUUCAUAUCCUAUUGGUAUGAUUAUUUUGGCUGUUGCUGCUUACCUAGUCGAACCCUGGAGAUAUUUACAACUCACCUUAACCAUACCAGCUCUGUUGUUAAUUUUAAAUUGCUAUUUAAUGGAUGAAUCACCACGCUGGCUUAUAGCAAACAAACGUUAUGAUCGUGCCUAUAGAAUAUUGUUUAAGCAAAAAAGUCAUUAUGAGAUUGUUAAGACUGCCAUUGAAUCCCCCAUAACUUCUGAUAAGAAAAUCGAGGAACCUGUGAUGUCGAUUCCUUUGUGGCAAAAAAUAAAGGAUGGACCCUUAAAGCAAAUUAUUUCACUAUUUGCCACGUCCAAAGUACGCAAAUUAAUUUUAACUUCUUAUUUUAUGUUUUGUGUUACAUCCUUGUGUUAUUAUGUGACCGCUUUAAAUGCUUCAAAUUUAGCAGUAAGUCGUUUCCUAUAUGUGGGUAUAACUGGCCUAGUUGAUUUGCCGUCUUAUUUAGUACCUGUAGUUAUGUUACGUUUAACAGGACGUAGAAUAACAACAAUGUCAUUAUUCUUUUUAACUGGUAUCGCUUUACUAUUGGUCCUAGUAGUGCCAGAAGAUAAACCCAUCUGGAUUGUAUCAUUUGCUAUGCUGGGUCGUUUUGGCAUAAGUGCUACAUAUUCCGUUGUAACUUUGUAUACCGCUGAAUUGUAUCCGACUGAAAUACGUAGUUCAGCUUUGGGUACUUGUUCAACGUGGGCUCAUGUUGGUUCAAUUACAGCUCCUUAUGCUGUGGAUUUAUUGGGUCCUCUUGGUUGGUAUAUACCUACAACAAUAUGUGGAUGCUGCGUUUUAGUAGCUGGUAUACUCACUCUUACAUUACCUGAAACUGGUACGGGUAAACUAGUCGAUCGGGUGACUGAGGUUUCUUCCGAAUCCAAAGAACAGCAGAAUAAGGAAAAUGUGACAUCACUACCUGAAGAAGAGCAAAUUAAAAAAUAAUCUUAUUAUAUUGUUUUGUUUCUUGUUGUUGUUGUUACUAACACCAAUAGUAACAAUUAUUUGAUGUCUAUACUCUACAUUUCCUUUCAUUUAAAAUUAUAUUAUUAGAAAAUUACACAUUAGCUAAAAUGGCCUAAAAAUAUUAUUUAAUAAUGAAUACCUAUUACUUAGAUAUUAAAACUAUGUUCCGAUCAAAGAAUCAAAAAUUGUAAUUUAUUUUGUUAAUAAAUAUCCCUGUUACAAUUUAUUAUGUACGUAUGUAAUUUAAAA